AUGCCAAAAGGUGAAGAUUUCAGACCUGAAUUUGAUAUGGAAAACCUAGGUUUCAAAAUAGGUUUAAAGUUUACAACUGCCGAGUUGUUUAGAAAAGCUGUGAAGAUAUACUCCAUUAAUUGUGGAAGGGAGUUGAUAUUUAUGAAUAAUGACGGUAACAAAAUAAGAGUAGUCUGUGAAGAGGGCUGCCCUUUUGUUAUCCAUGCUUCAAGUAUUAGUGGUAGUACUUACCUGCAGGUGAAAACUUUUAAUCCUACACAUGUUUGUAGUAAGUUGACUAAAAAUAUACAUGCCACUGCUAGCUGGUUGGCUAAAAGAUAUUCUGGGCAGUUAAGGCUCAAUCCAAAUUGGACUGCUUCUUCUUUUGCAGAGCAAGUUCACCAAGACUACGGUUACAGACCAUCUAGAGCAACUGUGUACAGAGCAAGAGCCAUGGCAGUUGACAUUGUAGAGGGGUCCUACAGUAAACAAUAUGAAGUCUUGUGGGAUUAUUGUCAUGAGUUAACAACCAGAAAUGUGGAAAGUACAGUUAUAAUUAAAUAUGAAAUGGAAGGUGAUAGGCCACAUUUUCAGAGAAUUUAUAUUUGUCUUGCAGCCUGCAAAAAGGGGUUUUUAGAUGGUUGUAGGCCUAUGAAAGAUCCUAGGCAUUGGAGUAGGGCAUAUUUCAAGAGUGAUUCCAAGUGUGACAUGCUCAUGAACAACCUAUGUGAGGCAUUCAACCGUAGCAUAAUGGAUGCCAAAGACAAGCCUGCUUUGACUAUGCUGGAAAGAACUCGGUUGUAUUUAAUGUUGUUGAUGGCUGGAAUAAGAGUUUUCUGUGAGAAAUGGCAUGGACAAGUUGGGCCAAGAAUUAGAAAGAUAUUAGAGAAAAACAAAGGAAAAGCUCAGUGGUGCAUUCCUAAGGCUGCUGGACAGAAUAAGUUUGAAGUAAUGCACCAUAGUGGCCGCAACUUUGCUGUUGAUUUGAAUGCACACUCUUGUUCAUGCCAUGCUUGGGAUUUGAAUGGAAUACCAUGUUUGCAUGCUUGUGCUGCAAUAAGUUGGUUUCAUGGGAAUCCAGAGGACCUUUGUGAUGCAGUGUACAAGAAAGAUGCUUAUUUGAGAGCCUAUGAACCAAUGAUUAUGCCUUUAACCAGCCAAGAUUAG